GGAGAGGACAGACGAGGAGGGGCCAUCACGACGUCGCCCUGUGCGACCACACAGAAACUAUUACUCCUCCAGCCUGGACUGCAGAGGGACGAACGAGCUCCUCGCGCUCGCGCCACGGGGGAAGGGAACGCCAGGCUCGAGCUCGAGCUCCCCGCUGCUCGCGGCCGCGGAGCGGGCCAAACACAAACACAGCGAGCGAGCUCGUGCAGAGUGGCGGCAGAGUGUGUUCGUGAGAGUGGGAAGAGGCCACGAACUGAGCCACGGGCCAAUCGGAAUCGCCCAAGGGGGCUCGCUGCCUUUCUUUAAGCGCGCCCCCGCGGUGGAGGCCGAAUCAUCCUCUGGCCACUUCGGCAUCUCCCGGAAGGAAUUCGAUGCCAUGACACCAUAAAUACCCCCUCCUCCCCGCCCGUUCCCACCUCCCCGCCUCCUCCUCCCCGGACCUCCGCUCCCGGCCGCCGCCCAAGUACGCGCUCCCCUGACAGGGAAAGAAAGGCGAAAUCUUGGUCGGUCCGGCUGAUCGGCAGGUGGCGGCGCUCUCUCGGCCGGCCGGAGUUUGGAGAACGAUGAUGGAGUCGUGGAUGGAGGUGCUGCCGCCGCCCUACUUCGCGGGGCAGGCCGCCGGGAGGUUCCUGCCGGACCGGCGAGCGCCCGGUCCCGGGGCGUGGACGCAGGAGGAGAACAAACUGUUCGAGCGCGCGCUGGCACGGGUCGACUGGGACGCGCCCGACCGGUGGGAGCGCGUCGCCGCGAUGCUGCCCGGGAGGAUGGUGCCCGACGUCGUCGCGCACUUCGACGACCUCGAGAACGACGUCUGCUUCAUCGAGGCGGGGCUCCUGCCCUUCCCCCAGUACGGCGGCGGCGCGGCGCAGAACGCCGGGUUCACCUUCGACUGGGACGGCGACGCCGGCGGCCUGGGCUUCAAGCGCUCCUGCUACAUGGUCGCCGGCAAGCGCGGGCGCGGCCCCGACCAGGAACGCAAGAAGGGCGUCCCAUGGACGGAGGAGGAGCACAAGCUGUUCUUGAUGGGCCUGAAGAAGUACGGCCGAGGGGACUGGCGGAACAUCUCGCGCAACUUCGUGACGAGCCGGACGCCGACGCAGGUCGCCAGCCACGCGCAGAAGUACUUCAUCCGCCUCAACUCCGGCGGCAAGGACAAGCGCCGCUCCAGCAUCCACGACAUCACCACCGUCAACCUCCCCGACGACGACGGCGGCAACCCCUCGCCCUCGCCGCCCUCCGUGCUCACCUCCGCCUCCACCCCAUCAUCCACCGGCGGACCCGUCAUCUCCGAGCAGUUCGGCGUCCUCGUCGACAGCAAGCUUCCGCCGUCGCACCACUUCAUGCCGCACCCCUACGGCAACGUGAAGCUCGAGCCUGGCAAUUCCCAUCACGGCGGCUUCCUGGACGACUCUGUUCUGAUGCAGAUGCAAUGCGGCCAGCUGCAGCCUCUCGGCUGACUGACUGGUUCUUGAGCAGCAACAAUGGCAGAAGAGGAAAAAAAACCCUCCCAUCUCUGGCCAUGCACGAGGAGGGAAUCACCCUGUUGCUCGUGCCUGUUCUUGAUUCCAAACAGGCAAACAGCAUCUAGCUAGGUACAACACGUUGGAUCAUACAGCUACGAGCUCAGCACAACUCACAGCCGAGCUCUAGUUCUCUGCUGCAACUGAGCUGAACCCCCCUUGCCGUGUACUCCAGAGAUGAGAGCAAGAAAAGAAAAGGCAAAAAUAGAAGAUAGGGACAAUGCCCAUUCCUGAAUUUCGCCUCUGUGUACAUAAGCACCACGCCCGCGGUGAAAUAAUUUCCGAUUGCAAUUAGUUUCCCGUGUUAUGGGAGGCACGGGAGAGUGUACUGCUAGAUGCUCUGAUUACGCUAGCUUUUGUCUGUAAUGAUGCACGGAUCGAUUAAUCUCAUGUGUUUGGGUAGCACGUAGCAUCAGCAGCAUAUUGUUUGGUGUUUUUGUAAGGGUUUUUAACUUCAAGCUGGGGGUGUAUUAGCAACGGUCA